GAUACUUAAACCAGUUUAGAUUACAUAAUGUACAUGAUCUUGAAGAGAACAAGCUACAGGUUAAGCGCGUCGUAUUAUAUUAUAGAAAAUAAAUUCUGAUCUAGCUCACUUCUAGUUACUACCACUUGCUAUCGUCUAAUAACAAAAAUGGCGCACACGAUGGCGAGAUCGAGACUCGGACUAUUUGCAUUUAAAUAUAAUAAUCGAGUGAAACCGCGAAUCUUAGUACCUUUAAAGUAUCAACGAUUAUGUUUCCAUACAAACUGGAUAUUAGAUGCAAAGGGCAAAGAAUUAUUAAUGCCAUCGUUAUCGCCAACCAUGGAAACUGGCACGAUCGUUAAAUGGCUAAAGAAGGAAGGUGACAAAAUUAGCCCUGGAGAUGCCAUUGCUGAUAUUCAAACCGAUAAAGCAGUGGUGGCUAUGGAGGUAGAAGACGAAAUAGUCCUUGCAAAAAUUCUUGUGCCCGAAGGAACUAAAGAUAUUAAAGUAGGAACAUUGAUUGCUCUUACCGUAGACGAGGGUGAAGAUUGGAAAUCAGUAGAAAUGCCUGAUGUUUCCGCAGCUAUUGCUGCCCCGACACCUUCUGCUCCUGUUCCACCUUCAAGUCAACCAAGUGCGUCAGCCCCACCGGGACAGCAAAAUGUUUCCAUGCCUGCACUUUCUCCAACCAUGUCGUCAGGUACAAUUGUAAAAUGGUUAAAGAAGGAAGGUGAUGAAAUAGAACCAGGAGAUGCAAUAGCCGAGAUACAAACUGAUAAAGCUGUAAUGACUUUUGAAAUGGAAGAUGAGGCUGUACUCGCAAAGAUUUUGGCACCCGAAGGUAGCCAAGUAGAUGUUGGUCAAUUAAUUGCCAUUACAGUAGAGAAGGGAAUGGAUUGGAAGCAAGCUGUCAUUCCGCAAGUGCUUAAGGUUGUCCCUAGCGUUGUCCCUACAGUUGCAAAGCCCAGUGAAAAAGGACAGGUAUAUGGAUUGGCAGUCAAACUAUUGUUAGAGCAAUAUGGUUUAGAUCCAAAUUCUAUCAAGGGUACUGGUCGUCCUAAUCGAAUUCUAAAAAGUGACGUGCUAGCAUACAUACAAGCAAAUAAUAUAAAAAAGGUUCAGCUUGAAACCGCUACGCCGGCAAAGGUCGAACAAAUUAAAAAGGCACGUCCUACGGUACCGGGUCGCCCAUCAGCUUACGAAGACAUACCCGUAUCGAAUAUUCGAAGUGUUAUCGCGAAACGUCUUGGAGAGUCCAAAUCAAAUAUACCUCAUUCUUACUCGUCUAUUGACAUCAGAAUUGACAAACUGCUCGAAAUUCGAAAGCAAUUAAAGGAGGACGGUAUAAAUGUAUCGGUCAAUGACUUUAUCACAAAAGCUGUAGCUCAUGCGCUUGUCGAAUGUCCCAGUAUCAACACCUUAUAUACGAAUGACAAAGUUGUGCGCCCUCCAAACAUAGAUAUUUCUAUAGCAGUUGCGUCUCCUACGGGUCUCAUUACGCCGAUUGUAUUUGAUGCGCCAUCCAAAAGCUUAUUAAACAUUUCUACGAGCAUUAAAAAAUUAGCCGAAAAGGCAAAAGCUGGAACUUUGAAGCCACAGGAAUUUCAAGGAGGAUCGUUUACAAUAUCCAAUCUGGGAAUGUUUGGUAUUAAAGAAUUUUCCGCCAUUAUAAAUCCUCCGCAAACCGCGAUCCUUGCUGUUGGAACAGGACGCCCGGAACUGAGUGAUUCUUUAAAAGCUAUCACCAAGAUGAUAACAACAUUAUCAUAUGAUAGACGUGCCAUUGCUGAGGAUGAUGCAGCUGACUUUUUAGCAGUACUAAGAGCUAUGUUAGAGGAUCCAGCUUUUCUUGCUAUUGGAAGAAUCCAAGCUCUGAGACAUAUGAACGAUUAAGCAUACAAUGUACAUACAGUAAGAAAGGGAGGAUGAUCAUAAGAUUUACAAACAUGUUGCAUAAAUCUUAAAGUAAAUUUAAAUAAAACUCGAGUAUAAAUAAAUGAACGGAACGAUGAUAUAAACUAAUGCCGUCUCGUGGUGUCAUAUUUAAACUAUGCUCGAGAAAUAGUCUUUCGUUUCGAUUUUAUUGUCUGCUAGUCACCAAAAGGAUUAAACCUUGCGAUAUAAUCAUCAAAGAAGAUGUUAGAAUGAUAGUCGUAUUUACUGCCAAGUACAAUGAUAUGUUAACCGAAAAUAUUUCAUUAUAAUUGUAGGAAACCAUAUAGAAAAUCAAAAAAACACGAGAUUCCAAGAAAUUGAUAUUAACUUUUAUAAAUUUGCAAAUGUGUAUGUGUGUGUGUGUGUCUGGAAAUCAUUAAAACUCGGCAUUUAUAAUUUCAUUGUUUCUUUUCAAAAUCUGUUAAAAAUGAGAAAAUUGACAAAUGAUAUUCAAUCGGGGUUUACUAUAUGCAACUUUUUGUGCAUUAGUAAUUGCGUGUAUCGUAUAAUAAAUUGUUUUUGUGCAACACGCGAUCGCGCGCACGCGCGCGUGUGUGUGUGUGUGUGUACAUACAUACAUACAACAAACACAGAAAAGCACGCGCGAUAUCACUCUUCUGUUAACAAGACACACACGUAAUACCGUUGCAGGUUUAAAAUACUUUAAGUAUAGAAAAUAAUGUUGACAUGCAAUGCCAUGUAUAUAGAUUUUAAUGGUAUUACAAGUGCUUUUUAUCUUCUUGGUGUAAAACAAGGAAGAAGUAUGUAAAGUUUGUAUAUGCGUGGAUUAUAAUUUGUGUCAAAUAUCAUUGGCAUAAUGUUAAGACCAAAUCAUUGUCUUAUAUUGUAAAUAAAAUAUUUAUUGUUUAAUA